CACCUGGCACUCGUCGCGUCAUCGCUUCUGCCGGAUAAAACGGCGCAAUCCGCAAUCUCGGCUUUGCGUGGAUAUAUUAAAUGGAAUAUGUAUCGCUGAAAACAUGAGCGUAGAGUUAAAUUCACGAGCGAAUGUGUGUCUUCUCGCAAAAUCAUGUCACUUUAUUCAAAAAAAGAGAAAUCGAGAACUAAGGUGAACGACAUGGACAUCAUAUCGGAUUUUGAGAAUCUCAAGGUAUCUACCUUGGAGAAAGCAUCACGUAUAUCAGCGAUGAUGGAUCAUAUUACAAUUGGUCCUCAAUCAGUGGCAAAUAAAGAUGACUCCAACAAACUGGAAAAUAUUGAGAAUGAGCAAAACUCCUGUAACAUUAAAAUCCCACAGAAAACUAAUAGCAGUUUUACGCACAGCACAAUAUCUACUUCAAAUGGCAUUUACUUUUCAUCCAAGAAAAUUCUUUUGGAAAGUGAAAAGCAAAGAAAGGAGGAAGUCAGGAAAAAGAUGGAUUGUCGUAUUAAUCACAUGAAAGAGAAUGGUCGUGUCAUACAGGAAAAAAUGGCGAAUUCGCGCUCAUUGAUGGCACGCGAGCGCGAACGUCGGAACGAGGAGAAGUUAGCAGAUAUCCUGGCCGAGAUUGAGCGAAUCGCAGAGCAAGAGGAAAUUAAAAGGCGGCACGAGCAACAACUACAAGCACAACGCGCUCAAGAACAGAAGGAAAAGCUUGAACGAGAAGUAGAGGAGUAUCGAAAGCGGAUGAAGGAAAAGGAGGAAUUGACAAAGAUUGUGAUGGUCCAUCGAGGCCAUUUCACGGCCAAAUACUGUGAUAUCGUAACGCUAUCCAAGAAUUGUAAAGACAAGUAUGCAAUUGACAUGAUCCUUACAGCAAAUUCUGCAAGGAUAAAACAACUGAUUCAACAGAUCGAACCCUUAGAUGAAAAAAUUAAAAGUGGAGAAUUGAUAUCCAUGGAUGUAAAUGUUAUCGAGAGCUUGGUUCAUCACAUUGACGAUAUACUGACUACAUUUCGGACGGAGAUAGAAAAAAUAGAUGCUCAAUACGAAGCGGAAUUGGCUCGUAAAGCACAAGCUGCAAGUGAGAUUCAACCAAUUGUGGAAUCUGAAAAUAUUCCAGUUGGCAAUGUGGUGUCUUCUCAGCAUCCAGGCGAAAGCUAUGCUGUAGAGAAUAAUGAUAGUAAAGCACAAAACUCCAGCGUGAUAACAAAUCAGGAAGCAGUAGCUGUAUUAGUUAAUGCACCAGUUACACCAUCUGCAUCUGUACCUAAGUCGGAAGAAACAGCUGCAGAUUCUGAAUGCAAAGAAGGAAAUCUUUUCAAGUACGUUGAUAAGGAGUCAUUGCAGAUUUACAUCAAGAACCAACAAUUUUUAAAUCUUUAUAAAAAAACUUGCAAGGAUUUCUUACAAUCGACUGCUACGAAGAAGUUUCGCUUCGAAUGUCAGAAGGCAAUCAAUAUUCCGGUAAACGCGAUCUCCGGCGUUAGCGAGCAACAUUUAAGAGACAAAUACGACAGAUUGCAUAACCUUCUGAUUGGAAAAUCAUCUCCUAACGUGACGCAACAUCCGCAAGGAGUGAUCUUCUGCAAGGAUCAUAUGGCAAAAAAGAUAGUUAGCCAAGGCGAGACGUUGGUAUCGAGCAAGCCGGAAAUGGCAUUUCCCGUAGCGAUGAUCGUCGUAGCACUCUGGAACGAGCAUGAAGAUUUUGGCGAACUUUUUCUGGCGCGUCUUCACGAGGCGUGUCCGUUCACUAUACCAAUCUUCCUGCCACAACAAGAAAGUCAAUCCAAUGAGGAUUACUACAAAUCUCUCGGCUGCAAAUAUUCUGAGGACGGCACUGUCGAAAAGCAGGACAAGUUCCUAAAGAGGAUGUCAGGCUUGAUGAGAUUGUACGCGUCGAUUACCGUUACAAGACAGCGGAAGGGUGUCACCAAAGUUCAUCCCUAUGGUCUUCAGCAUGCUUGGAGAUGGUUGGCGGCCGUUUUUAAUAUCGAACCAAGAGCUGAUAUUUGCGACUUGUGCGCGACAUUAAUAUUAGAUAUGCUCGAAGUUGCUGGUAAUGUGUUAUGGACUGCUUAUCCGACGCAGUUUCACAAAUUAUUGAUACUGCUAUCGGAGCAAUACUAUCCGCGUAUGCGAAAUGUUGCGGAUGGCGGUGGACCUCUGAUGCGGCUGGAAGAGUUCUUGCGCAAUGCUUUGGCAACUGGCACUAUACAUCCGGCUGACGGAAUGCUUCCGCCUAACUUUUUAUGAUCUCCUGUUAGAUCCUCUCGACGACGUAGUGACUUAAAUGUAGGCUGAAGCUAUUACAAGUUUAGAAAAUUAGGUUAAGAAAUAUUUUUUAAUUGUUUUGAACGUAAAAGUUUCAGGUCGCUUCGAGCAUUAUUUGAAGCAAAGUCUCAAUCAUCUUGAAAAAUUUAAUAGUCUUCAAGACUUCUAUUUUCUCACUGCAGCCAUAUGGAAUUACAGAAGCGAAAAAUCAUGUGAACUUUUUUCCUACGAAACAUAUUGAAAUAUGUUAGUUUUGUCGUAUGUUAUCACACAUUUAAUAACAUUGGUUGGUAAAUAAAUUGGUAAAAUGUAUUACAACAUAUUUUGAUGAUUCGUGAAUUAUAUAAUAAAUAUUGUAAUUGUAAAUCUUGAUUUUUCGCUUUAUAAUGAUGUAUAUAAUUCAAUUAUAAUAACUGCAAUGAGGGACAAGAAGACUUACAAAAAUUUAUUUAAUUAAAAAAACAAGGUGGAUACAAUUUACACACAAAAUGGAUUUUGAUAAUACUUUAUUCUAUACGUAUCGAUCGUGGAUCAAUCUAGUUGACCGGAACGUGUACUAUCGCGAGAGAGGAAGCGAAAUUGGGCAAAAGAAAAAGAAUGAAAGAGAAUAAGUGAGCGAGCGAGAGACGAGAGAGAGAGAGAGAUUUUUUUUUUAACGAAUCGUGUAUAUAAUCGCCGAGGAUAAAAUUGUGAAUUAUUAUAUUUAUUUAGAUUUAAUAAAAGAUUAUAUUAUUGAAA